ACCCGAAGGAAAAGAACUAAAUGUGGAAAAAUAAUUAAAAAAUAAAUAUUUUUGUCAGGAAUAGAAUAGAAAAGAGGUGGAAUCAUUGUUCGUGUCUCUGUAAAUCGAAAUUUCAAUUUCAAUUCGCAAUUUGCUUCAUCAAACAAACAAACAAACAAAAACUCAAAACCCUAACUUCUUACAAUAUUCGCAAUUUGCACCAUCAUCGUUAUGAUAAUUGAUAAUUGAUUAACGAAGAAAAAACAAGAAUCGAAUUGAAGAAGAAGAAGGAGUUUGUGUUAUUAUGUACAGAGAGCGAGGAAGCGUUGGAUCCAAAGCGGAGGUUGCUUCCGUUGAUCGGAAACGAAUCAACGACGUCCUCGAUAAACAACUUGAAAGAUCCUCACCGUCCACUUCUAGGACAAUCAACGGUAAAGAUAGGUCCUCCUCUUCCUCUCUCUUAACCGCCAAGGAUCAUCGCUCCACCUCCGUCACUCUUCCCAAAAACGCUUCCGAUGAUGCAUUGGCUGCAGAGGAAUCUGAAACGGACAGUGAAGAGUCUGAUGUUAGUGGUUCUGAUGGAGAUGACACAUCUUGGAUAUCGUGGUUUUGCAAUUUGAGAGGAAAUGAAUUCUUUUGUGAGGUUGACGAUGAUUACAUCCAAGACGACUUCAAUCUGUGUGGAUUGAGCAGUCAAGUGCCGUAUUAUGAUUAUGCGCUUGAUUUAAUUUUGGAUGUCGAGUCCUCCCAUGGCGACAUGUUUACUGAGGAACAAAAUGAGUUAAUUGAAUCGGCAGCGGAGAUGCUUUAUGGUAUGAUUCAUGCCCGGUAUAUAUUGACCAGCAAAGGAAUGGCUGCCAUGUUGGACAAGUACAAGAACUACGACUUUGGCAGAUGCCCAAGAGUUUACUGCUCCGGACAACCCUGCCUUCCAGUUGGUCAGUCCGACAUUCCUAGGUCCAGCACUGUGAAGAUAUAUUGCCCGAGGUGUGAAGACAUUUACUAUCCUCGUUCCAAGUAUCAAGGCAACAUUGAUGGAGCUUAUUUUGGUACUACAUUUCCUCACCUGUUCCUGAUGACUUAUGGACAACUGAAGCCACAGAAACCAUCACAGAACUAUGUUCCGAGAGUUUUUGGAUUCAAACUUCACAAGCCAUGAAGCUGAAGGUUAAAGAACGUGUUGUAAUGUAAAGAACAUUGAAGAUGUAUUGUGCAAAUUCUGUGUUUCAAUUUUGGCUUCGAACUUCACCAAGAUCCAAGUUAAUGAGCAAGUGGUUAGGUAUUUCAGUGCACUCUUAAUUUGGUCAUAGCAAAUUGUAUUCUUGCUCUUAGUCGCACUUAAUGUUGUUUACGAUUAUCUAAGAUAACAGAUGCCCUGCUAUUUUAUAUUGUUUUAUUCCAUUUCCUCCCCCUCCUGCAUUAACCAUAGCGUUUGAAUUUGAAUUUGUGGAUUAACGUUGUUGGGUUCACUCAUUUUAGCCUAAUUUUGUGAUUCAAGUGCUAUACUGUUAUGUCUGUCCAUCCAAACAUUGUUAAUGAUAUAGAAUAUUGGGUACAAUAUGCCUUAUGAA